AUGAACCUAGUUUUAGCAGAUGCAGAGGAGUUUAGACUGACAAAGCGGUCUCAGAAGCAGCUUCGGGAGCAAAAGGCCCUUGAGGCGGACGAAUCAGGGAUCAACGAAGAAAAACGGUUAUUGGGAUUGGUGAUUUUGCGCGGAGAAACGGUGGUGUCGGUCGUGGUCGAGGCAGGUCCUAACUUGGCGAGUACGAAACCUGCUCUGCGACUAAACAAGGGUAAAGGGUCGGUCAAGCCACUCAAGACGCUCGACGGGGCCAAGACGGUGCGGCCGGCAGGCGUCACGAAGCCGCGCAGUCUCAAGAGAAAGUGA